GUCUAUUACUGCUGAUGAAGUCGGCAUUGCCGAUCGAGAGGCGAGCGGGGCGAGGACGGGGAAGGCGCCACGGAACAAAACGUGGAGAAUCCCGGUUACGGAACAUUCCGGCGAGACUCGGAAAGAUGCCGGCGAUAUCGAAUUGGCGGGAUGAGACGCGAGGAUCUCAAAGCCGGAGGAGCCAAGAAGCCAAAGGACAUAGUCGCAGAUGCCGCCGCUUUUUGAAUUUCCCGCGAGGACUUCGCGGUGCGCGCAGUGAUACUAAUUUCAAGACGAGAGUCACGAAGGAGUCAGGGGGAUGCCACACACAACGAGAACGCAUGUCCGUGAGAGUUCGGAAGUUUGACCGACAUCGGGUAAUAGACAAGGCUAGCAAGUCCUGACUCUUUCGCUCUUUAUUCUCACAACUAGCCUGUACGUUCGGCGAUUUUGACUUUUGACCAUCGAAACGAUCGCGCUUUACGAUAUAGGCUACGUUCGCUUUUGCGCUUACAGCUGUAAGCAUUAUAUCAGUAACAUUGACAUACAAUAUUCGUUAUAUUAAAAAAAAAUG